AUGGGUCUGGAAGCAGUUUCGCCGCUGGCGUGGUGGUUAGUGACAUUAUAUGUGUCUGUACCCGUGGUCUGCUACGUGGUGGUGCCCUUUUUCUUCUAUGGCGAUCGCACAAUCAAGAAACGGAUUAUCAUUUGCGUCCUGGGCGACAUUGGCCACUCGCCGCGUAUGUGUUACCACGCUCGAAGCUUCAGCGAGCAGGGCUGGCAGGUCGAGCUGUGCGGCUACCUUGAGGAGGAACGGCCUCCCGCAGAUAUUGAGGACAACCCUAACAUCACAAUCCACGCUCUGGCGACAUACAAGGCCUCGAAACGCCAAUCGUUCCUGGCAACUGCAGUGCGCAAGGUGGCACUGCAGGUGGUGUCGAUCUUGCGAGUUUUGUGGAAGCUGAGGGGCAGUGACUAUGUGCUUCUGCAGAACCCACCAAGUAUACCUAUUUUGCCCAUUGCUGCUAUUUACUGCACUAUUCUCCGGUCUAAACUUAUCAUUGAUUGGCACAACUUUGGAUUUUCCAUUUUGAAGCUCAAACUGGGCUCGUUUUGGAACCCACUGGUGUUGGUUUCCUUCGUUGUAGAGUAUCUUUUCGCCAAGUUCGCAACCUACCAUCUCACGGUCACAAAGGCUAUGAAAGUCUACCUAAACGAGAAGUUCGGAAUGCCAUCUUCACGGAUCCAGAUACUCUACGACAGGCCUGCGUCUCAAUUUACACCCCUCAAGACCGAUCGCAGCGAAGCGCUACGGCAAGUUUUCAUUCGGCCUCACAUUCCUGCUGGAUUCGAUGUCACGAAAAAUGACCGCAUUUUGGUGACCUCCACCUCUUUUACACCAGACGAAGACUUGUCUAUUUUGAUAGGUGCUCUAAAAAUCUACGAAAAUUCGCAUAAGAAAUUCGAUCACGAACUGCCAAAACUUCUGUGUUUCAUCACAGGUAAAGGACCCAUGAAACAGCAGUUCAUCGACCAAGUUAAAGCUGAAAAAUGGGACUGCGUUCAUAUUGAGUUUGUGUGGCUUUCUUCUGAAGAUUAUCCCAAGCUCUUGCAAUUGUGUGACUUUGGGGUCUCUCUGCAUACAUCCAGCUCUGGCCUUGAUCUUCCAAUGAAAAUUCUGGAUAUGUUUGGGUCUGGGCUGCCAGUUAUUGCGUACAAUUAUCCUGUACUCAACGAACUGCUCCAACAUAAUGUGAAUGGGCUCAAAUUUCUAGAUAGGAGAGAGCUUCAUGAAGCUCUUAUCUUCGUGACGAAAGACAAACAAGUAAAUGAAGUGCUCAAGGCAGGCGCCUUGAAAGAAUCCAAGAACAGAUGGCAAGACUCCUGGGAGAAAAGCAUGGAGCAGAUUUCCAUAAUAAGACGCUAA